GGACGCCUGCGAUGCAAGCACCUUGCGAGGAGGCGGCUGCCACUGUGGAAAGUGCAGGAGUAGGCGGAGAGGAGAAGAAGGAGGUGAAUUGGGAUAGUUUGGGACUUCGAAGACAGAGAUACAGCAGCAUUUGAAAAUAAUUUAGAUAAGUGUUAUUUGUACUUAAUUUCUUAAUAUAUAUCAAAUCCUAAGUUUAGAUUUAUCCCUUGGAAAAAAAAGAGUAACCAUCAAAAAUGAGUGCACUGUUUCUUGAACUUUGUGUAAUGAAGUGUGUACAGAAAAAUGAGACUGAAUCUUGUUUUUCGUUGUUUUAUCAUCAUAACCCAUAGGUCACAAUUAAUAUUUAGAGUCCACUUAAUUUAGAUAUAGUGGCAAGGUUAUUUUAUUUGUAACGUUGAGUGUGACAAAAUACAGAAUCAAGUUUGUUCGGGUUAUUUACACUGUAAUGACAUAAUUUCCUCAUAUUCUACCCUUUUGUAGUGGGAGACUUCUCUUCUAAAGGUUGGAAAAAACUAGAUUAAGACAUUAACUGAAAUAAUUUUGACUUAAGUAGGUCAUUGUAAAUCAGUGUUAUUACCGGUUAUUUAUAACUUAUAAAUACCCGUAUGCUCUAGAAAUGCUGCCUUUUUAUUCCAUUUAGCAGUUAGUUUUGUACCCCCAAGUAACAUUAAAUAUCUGUGUUGACUUUAGGAAGAGGCCUCAGGCAGUGAGUCACACCUGUGGGAUUUUUGUUCUUAGUUUCAAGGGUUACUGUGAAUUUCUAAAGCAAAGGAAAAUGUCGAUCCUUUAAUUUGAAAACAGUUUUUAUGCUUGAUUUUGUUUUUUCCUGCACCAAAAAAACAUUGGCCUAGUUUCUUUAGAUGUUGAUUAAUAUCCAUCAUUAAUGUCUGAAAUGGAAGGCAUCUGGCAAACAUUCAGGAUCACAGUUACUGGGUGUCAGAGUUUACAGUAUCUAACUCAGUCACGUGAUCUGACCAGUGAUGUUCUGAUUAAUAAAAGUGCAUUCUAAAUGCAAAGCCUUGCAGGUCAGAUUUUCUGGUGCUGGUACCUCAAGUAAGCAAAGGAAAUGAAUUUAUUUCCAUGUUCAUUUCAGAUGCUUUGUGGGACAUUUCAGUGGAGAUGUCAAUAUUUUGGCACAGAUGUCCAAGAAGUGAUAGUGGUGGAGGGAUUUAACUCUACAUGUCUGGCACAGAUCUGCGGCUCCUAAGAUUGCCAAUAGAUCAUUUAAAGCAUGGUUUAUAAAGAAAGUCAAAUCUCAAGGGUAUCCUGCGAGAUGACUUAAAAAGUCAGAGAUGACUGAUUGAAACUGUGGGAAGGAAGAACAAUAUAUAAAGAAGAAGAAACAGCUAUAUUGGGAUAUAAUUGUUAUACAAAAAACCUGCACAUUUAACAUACACAAUUUAGUGAGUUUGGAUGCAUGCAUGUACCUGUAAUACCAUCACCGUAAUGAUCAAGGACUUGCCUCAGCAAGCAAAAGAAACACUGAACAAAGGAGAGGAAACCAACAAAGAUAAUUUUAGAAGCACUGAAUGCAGCAAAACAAGAACAAUGGAUCUCAAGUUCAACAACUCCAGGAAAUACAUUUCUAUCACUGUCCCUCCCAAAACACAGACAAUGUCACCACACAUCAAGUCAGUAGAUGACAUUGUAGUACUUGGCAUAAAUCUCAGCAGAUUUAACAAACUUACUCAGUUUUUCAUAUGUGUUGCUGGAGUUUUUGUAUUUUACCUAAUUUAUGGAUAUUUACAGGAAUUAAUAUUUUCAAUGGAGGGUUUUAAGUCCUAUGGCUGGUACCUUACUUUAGUACAGUUUGCAUUUUACUCCAUAUUUGGCCUAAUAGAACUUCAGCUUAUUCAGGACAAAAGGAGAAGAAUACCAGGAAAAACCUACAUGAUAAUAGCUUUUCUAACUGUGGGUACUAUGGGGUUAUCAAAUACUUCCUUGGGCUACCUGAAUUAUCCUACCCAAGUCAUCUUCAAGUGCUGCAAAUUGAUUCCUGUUAUGCUAGGAGGAGUUUUUAUUCAAGGGAAGCGUUACAACAUUGCAGACGUGUCUGCUGCAGUAUGUAUGAGCCUUGGCCUGAUAUGGUUCACCCUAGCUGACAGCACGAUUGCACCGAAUUUCAACCUGACAGGUGUGAUCCUUAUUUCCCUGGCACUGUGUGCAGAUGCUGUCAUUGGAAAUGUUCAAGAGAAAGCUAUGAAACUGCAUAAUGCGUCUAAUUCCGAAAUGGUUUUGUAUUCGUACUCAGUCGGUUUUGUGUACAUUUUAUUGGGAUUGACAUGCACUAGUGGAUUAGGCCCUGCAGUGACGUUUUGUUCAAAGAAUCCAAUUCAGACUUACGGUUAUGCUUUCCUUUUUUCCCUCACUGGGUAUUUUGGAAUCUCCUUUGUUCUGGCUCUGAUUAAAAUUUUUGGUGCACUUCUUGCUGUAACAGUGACAACAGGAAGAAAAGCCAUGACCAUUGUACUUUCAUUUAUGUUCUUUGCUAAACCAUUCACGUUUCAGUACGUGUGGUCUGGUUUAUUAGUUGUCCUUGGUAUAUUUCUCAAUGUUUACAGCAAAAAUAUGGAUAAAAUAAGACUACCAUCACUAUAUGAUCUAAUAAACAAAACAGUGGAAAUGAGAAAGUCAAGGACAUUGGCACAAACUGUGUAGGCAGUGAUUCAUCCUGCUGAAAGUAGAAUUCUGAGGGAACAAUCAUCAAAUAAUUAAUUUUCCAAAGGGAUUAUUAUAAAAACCAAAGGAUCUGAAGGCGUGCUGUCUGUUUGCGGAUGGGUCACCUGUGAAGUCAGCCUCUUCCACAGAGCGCUUGUUUAACUGCUUGACUUCUGAAGCAAUCGAGAGCCACGUGUGCCACACCCUAGAAUAAAAUGUCAGUGUGAAGGACUAAUUCUUAGCACUCUGUUGAGAAUUUCACUGCACAUGGACCAUGUUGCAAAACUAAUUGGGUAUCAUUAUGACAUUUCAAAGAAAUUGAUAUAAUAAUAUCAAUUAAUAGAUUGGUCUUCAUUCAUUUUGGUGGUGUUAUUUAAAUGAUUCUCUGUUUUAAGAGUGAACAGAUGAUUUAAAGUCUAGAAAGAAUAACUUCAUUAUAAAUAAAAAUUAUUCUGUGAUUUUUUUUUAAUAAAUGCGUUGUUAGAAUUUAUUAUGAAGAGGGAAGUGAAGGUUGCUGUAAGGCUUUACAUAAACUUCAAACCUUAGACUUUUCUCUGGUCAUUUAAAAGUAUGCUUUAGAGCAAACAUGCUUUAAGUUUUCUGUGGACAAUAGAUGGUAUAACAAAAGAACUCAACGCCCUGCAUCCUGUAAGAAUCCUGCUGUCCAUCAAAGGAGUGCUAAAAGAUUGAAUGAUUUGAAUUUUUUAAUUAAAGAGAAAAAAAUUCAUGUCUUAAGUUAUAAUAAAAUAAUAAAAUUAUAGUUUUUCUCAUAAAAAAUUUAAUUUGACAGCUUGAAGAUUAAAUAGGAUAAAUGUAAGAAACACAAGUAGAUUUUAGCAGAUUUGUACAGUAUGUUGUUUGCAUAGUUUUAAGUUGAAACUCAGAAAGUGUGGGUGGCCCUUAUGUUUUAGCAGUGAGUUUUGGAAUUGCUUCUAGUGUAUUAAAAAAUCCUAUCAAUCUUCAUUUUCAGUAUAGGUAAUGCUAGUUAAAACAACUUAGUUUCUAUGUUAUUGGUGAUACCACUUACAUUUUGUGAGUAUAAUAUACUUGGAAUAUGUAAUCUCAUUCUCAAGUUCCAUUGUGUUCUGAUGGUGAUUUUAACUAGUAGGUGCAUAUGUGGGUACAACAGAGCCUAUAAUAAUUUAAGGAUCUAGCAUAAGGGAUUCUGACUGAUUUUCAUUUGUCUUAUAUUAAAAUACUGUGACGGUAUUUUUCCCUAAGUGGUGAUCAUUCUUAAGUUUUCGUAUUUUAAAAUGAAAGGAAUCUUAGUUGGUACUUCAUUAUGCCUUCUUAAACUCUUAAGAUGGUAAGGAUUUGUGCUUUAAAAACAAUUUUCCCAAGUUCUUGAUAAAAGAUUAUAAUUUUAACUUUUCAAGCCAUUGUUUUUCGUCCACACCUUCCUAAUUUUUUACCUUUGCCUGUUAAGAAUUCUUCCUCCCACCUCCCAAUUUUAAGCAGUUUAGCACUGCUCAAAAAUUGGCUUGCCAGCCUAAUCCUUUAUACUCCCAUUUCCUUUUUUUUUUUUUUCACCUGCCAUCAGAUGAAGGAAACCUCAUCUCACUUAUUUGUGUCUAUGAAGUACUCUUUAUAGUGAAUAGUGUGAAACC